AUGGGGUUGCGGUGCCCGUCGCCGCUGUCGUUCCCGCAGGGGACGCUCUCCCCCCGCCGCCCCUCGCACCCCACCGGGGCCGUUCUGGCCUUCGCCUGCGACGACGGGUUCGUGCUGCGGGGCCCGGCCCGGAGGCACUGCCGGCCCGGAGGCCUCUGGAGCGGCACCAGCCCUGUCUGCGACGACGGUGAUCCCUACGCCUAUGACCUCCCCGAGGACGUCAGCGAGGGCUUCGGGGCGUCUCUCACCUCCGUUCUGGAGCUGGCGGGUGCCCGCCCCCACAACGACUCGUCCCUGGGCCGUCGCAUUGUGCUGAGCAGCGAGGGGUCCCUCCACGUCUACCUGCUCCUCGACGCCUCUGGCAGCGUCCGCUCGGAGAACUUCCGCCUCUUCCAGGAGUGUGGGGCUGCCAUCGUCGACAGGCUCAGCAGCUUUGAGGUGGCUGUGAGCUUUGCCGUCAUCUCCUUCGCCAGCCGGGCCCUGGUCAUUGUGUCCACGGCCGAGGAUGAGUCGGCUGACGCCGACGAGGUUCUCCACCGCCUGGAGAACAUGACCUUCACUGACCACGGCAACGCGACGGGCACCAACGUCCGCGGGGCGCUGAUGGAGGUCUACCACAUGCUCCUCUUCCAGAAGGCGCGGGCAGAGCGGAUGGGCCACCCUGACUCCUGGCGGCACAUCCGCCAUGUCGUCAUCCUGCUGACGGACGGCAGGUUCAACGUUGGGGGGCACCCCCGGGACGUGGUGGCUAAGAUUGAGGAUGUGCUGGAGAUCAAGCCGGACCGGGAGGACUACUUGGACAUCUACGCCUUUGGGGUGGGGGCGCUGGAGGUGGACGUGGCGGAGCUGGCGGCGGUGGCCUCGCACCGGCGGGACGAGACCCACGCCUUCAAGCUGGCAGACGCGGCGGCACUGCAGGAAGCGCUGGAGGCGGCGCUGGUGGCCACCACCCUUGGGGACCUCUGCGGCGUCAUCGUCCCCACCAGAGCCUCCCGGCCCCCCUGGCACGUCAUCCUGAGGGCAGGGCGGGAGCAGCGCUGUGCGGGGUCCCUGGUGGGGGGCCGCUGGGUGCUGACGGCAGCACACUGCUUCCUGGGGGGCCCCGCGCCCCACGCCUGGACCGCUGACCUGGGGGAGGGGGAGCUUGUGCCCCUCCAGCACUGGGUGCUCCACGAGAACUUCGACGUCCGUGCUGGGGUGUCCCGGGGGAUCCCCGAAUUUUACGAUUACGACGUGGCCCUGGUGGAGCUGGAGCGGGAGGUGGGGACCCGCGGGACCCCCAGGCGCGUCUGCAUCCCCUGCACUGAAGACGCCAACCGGGCGAUGAGGAAACCACCGGGGAUGACCUGCGAGGAGCAAGAGGCCGAGCUGCUGGGUCGGCCCCGGGUCCCGGCUGAGUUCGUCUCCCUGGACCCGCAGAGGAUGGGGGUGCAGAUCAAGAGACAGGAGGCGUGGGCCGCCUGCGCUUCGGGGGCAACGCAGCCGGGGACCCCCUACGCCAAAGUGGCGCUGGGGGAGGUGGUGACCGAUCGGUUCCUCUGCUCCGGGCAGGAGAGCGGGGGCCCCCCCGAGGCCGCCACCUGCAAAGGGGAGUCCGGCGGGUCCCUGUUCCUGGAGAGGAGGCACCGCUUCAUUCAGGUGGGGGUGGUGAGCUGGGGCACCUUCGACCCGUGCCGCGGGGGACGGCGCACGGCUGGGGGGGUCCCGCUUCGACCCCCGGCCCCCCCCGGACACCGACCCCGCGAUUUCCACAUCAGCCUCUUCCGCGUCCAGCCGUGGCUGCGCCGGCACCUGGGGGGGGUCCUCGCCUUCGCCCCCCUGCGCUAA